CCUAUAUCCAAAAUUGAGAACAAUUAGUUAGAAAACCUUCAAAUUUGAACCAUAAACAUUUAGUUUCGUUCGAUGAUUCAAAGACUUGAUCGGAAUGAUCGCCGGAUUUUGACAUUCCCGGCGGUUCAUCCCUGUGAAGGGAUAUCUCCGUCUACUCUUUUGAAUUCUUUAAUUUCUCUGUCCCAUGACAUUUGCAAUUACAAAUCGAAAUUCUUUGCAACGCAAAGGAAAAAUGUGCGAGAAACCAUUAGACAAGUGGGAAUCCUCUUGAUUUUUUUCGAGGAAAUCCGCGAUCAUGUUCCUACUAAUAGAGAUUCAAUUGUUCUUUGUUUUGCAGAACUACACACAACAUUUCAAAAGAUAAAGUUUUUAUUAGAUGAUUGUACGCGUGAGGGUGCGAAAACUUGGAUGCUUAUGAAAUCCCACUCUGUAGCGGGUCAAUUUCGAGUUUUGGUUAGAACUGUUGCUACUGCACUUGAUGUUCUUCCUUUAGAUUCUCUUAAUGUUUCUAGAGAAAUCAAGGAGUUGGUGUUAAUGGUGGCUAACCAAGCACAAAGGGCAAAACUGGAGCUCGAUCCGGAGGACGAAGAAGCAGUGAAGAGAGUAAUUUUGAUUAUGAACCAAUUUGAGAAUAAAUUUGAGCCUGACCACUGUGUAAUCAAGAAGUUUCUUGAUUAUCUUGGUAUCACCACCUGGACACAAUGCCACAAGGAGAUUAAAUUCUUGGAAGAUGAAAUUAAUUUUGAAUGCUCGGAGAAUUACGAAAGAGAAGUGCCUAUGUUAAGUGGUUUAGUAGGACUCUUGAGCUACUGCAGAGGAAUUUUAUUCGAGGAUUCUAUUUAUGGAAACACCGAUCAAGCAGAUGGGACAUCCUGUCUGGAAACUUUGAGUUGCUUGAAUCCUGAGGAUUUUCGCUGUCCCAUUUCUCUCGAACUCAUGACGGAUCCAGUUACUGUGUCCACGGGGCAGACGUAUGAUCGCACUUCGAUUCAGAAAUGGCUCAAGUCAGGCAACCUGAUCUGUCCCAAAACAGGAGAGAAGCUACAGAGUAUAGAAUUAGUUCCUAAUUCUACUCUGCUGAAGCUGAUCCAACAAUUCUGUGCUGACAAUGGAAUAUCCCUAGCUAAAUCAAGGAAGAAAAAUCGCGAUAUAUCACGUACCAUUUUGCCAGGAAAUCCAGCAGCUGCUGAAGCAGUCAAAUUCCUCUCGGAAUUUCUUGCGUGCAGGCUGUAUUUUGGAUCAGAUCAGCAGAAAACCAAGGCUGCCUACGAAAUCCGCUUGCUGGCGAAAUCCAACAUUUUCAACCGGUCCGUGUUAAUCGAAGCUGCAACCAUCCCAGCACUCUUACAAAUGGUGAGCACAAAUGAUCCAGUUAUGCAAGAGAACUCAGUUUCCGCCUUGCUUAAACUAUCAAAACAUUCCAACGGCAAGAAAUUGAUCAUGGAAAAUGGGGGCCUGAAUUCGAUUCUUGGUGUUCUCAAGAAUGGCCUAAAGCUAGAAUCUAAGCAAAUUGCAGCUGCCAUAAUUUUCUACGUCUCAUCUCCUCGCGAAUACCGCAAGCUAAUAGGCGAAAAUCCAGAAGUAUUUCCAGCUUUAGUGGAACUAAUCGAAUAUGGAACAAGUUGUGGAAAAAAGAAUGCCAUAGUUGCAAUAUUUGGGCUACUGUUGAGUCACAGGAACCACGAGAGAGCACUUGGAGCUGGAACAGUUCCAGCACUAGUCAAUCUUUUAGCUUCUUCAGAUAAAUAUGAACUCAAUACAGAUGCACUCGCGGUUCUAGCUACAUUAUCCGAGAGAACAGAAGGGUCUUUCGCAAUCUUAGAAGCCUCAGCAUUACCAAUAAUCUUGAGUGAAUUACAGAAUACAAGUUCUCGAGCAGGGAAAGAGUACUGUGUUUCCAUUUUGUGGUCAUUAUGCAUCAAUAGUGGUGCCGAGGUAAUAGCUGCUCUUGUAAGAGAGCAGGCACUUAUGCCGAUUCUUUAUUCACUUUUGACCGAAGGAACCAGCCAAGCAAAGAAAAGGACACGGUGUCUUAUCAAGAUUCUACAGAGAUUUUGUGAAACAAGCAGUUCUAUAUUUGUGAGUGAAGUUCCACAAGAACAAUUUAUUGAUGUCCGGUGAAAGGUCGAAUAACUUAAUUUUUGAAUCUUUCGAUUCUCCAUGUAAAUAUUAUAGAGUCCUGAAUCCUGAUAGUGGUAGACUGGUAGUUACUUGUGUCAUGUUUAGCUCCUCUCUUUUUUUUCAGGAGCUAAAUUCAGUGUAGGUCAUUGGAUUUGGGAACUUAUACUUUUGAAUAAUUUUGUAUACAAUUCUUUGGUGUGAUGAUAAUGAAUUUGAUCUUCUGUGAUAACCAAA